CGUGUCUUAAGCUCCGCCCCCCUUUCCUCACUUCCGCCUUCUAAUCUUGGUUAGGAUAAAAUUUACUGAAAUUAUUUGAUUUUUAAGCAUUAGAAGCCGACGAAAUCGGACAGAUUUUGUACACAGGCAGUGUCUCGUGAAAUUCUGCACAAAGAAGAUGAUUGUGAGGAAGCUGCUGAAGACCGUUCUCAGUGUGGAACAAGCGGAGGGAGUCGGCGCUCGGGUCCGAAGGAGCAUUGGUAGGAAGGAACUAAGCAACUUGGAUCCUUUCCUGAUGCUGGAUGAGUUUAAGGUGGUCAAGCCGGCAGGUUUUCCAGACCAUCCUCACAGAGGAUUUGAGACGGUCACGUAUGUUUUGGGGGGAAUCACAGCCCAUGAGGACUUUUGCGGUCAUUCUGGACGUCUGAUGCCUGGAGAUUUACAAUGGAUGACAGCAGGACGGGGGGUGGUCCAUGCUGAGAUGCCUGUGUCAGAGGAGCCAGUGGUGGGACUGCAGCUGUGGGUGAACCUCCGAAAACAAGAAAAGAUGAUUGAACCAGCAUACCAGGAGCUUAAAAGCUCGGAGAUCCCAAAACGCAGCCAGGGUGGGGUCACGGUCGCCGUGAUAUCCGGAGAAGCACUGGGAGCAAAGUCUAAGGUUUACACAAGAACACCAACCUUGUAUUUGGACUUCAAGCUGCAGGCCGGGGCCAUGCAUGUGCAGCCAGUCCCCUCUGGAUGGACCACCUUCAUUUAUACUCUCUCUGGAACUACUCAUGUUGGCUCAGAUCAGGACCAGCAGCCGGUGGGGCCUCAUCACACUGUGGUGUUUGGAGAUGGUGAUUGUGUCAGGUUUGAAAACAAGGGCUCUGAAGUUUCUCAUUUUGUGCUGAUUGCUGGAGAACCGAUCAACGAGCCUGUGGUACAACAGGGUCCGUUUGUAAUGACCACUCAGGAGGAGAUCCACCAGGCCAAGAUGGACUUCUAUAAUGGCACAAAUGGCUUUGAAAGAGCCAAACACUGGAGGUCCAAAAUCAGAGAUUCUUUUUAAGCAGUGCAGCUCUUUAUACAGGUUGUUUCUCUCUUGCACCCUGCGGAUUGGAGAGUGUUGUGAUAUUUUGGUACAAACCUGAUGUACAACAAAAAAAUGACACUGAUUUAGAGCUUUAAAUAUACUUAUACCUAAUCAUAAUGCUUUACACGGGUAUCUUUCUUAUGCUGUUUAUAGUUACAGAAAUAAUAUAUACAAUACUGUAUUUUGGUGUUUUUAAGUGGGUACAGAAAUACAUGUAAGGUAGAAAUACAUGUAUGCUAUGAUUUCUUGAUUAAUUGUAAGCUGUGGUCUUUUUUUUUCAGUAGGAUUUCCUCUGUCUAUCCUCCUCCACUGCUUUCCUUUGCCAUCUUUGUGACCUUCAACCCCAAACUUUUCACUUCUAUUUUUGUCAUAAUUAUCUUGACUGCUAGAUGGCGCCAUUAACACAAACUGCAAGUGCUGCAUUGAGAUGUUUGUACAAACCUGCUUUAUCAUAGUGGAAGGAAGGGCUCUUAUUUUGCUAAAAAAGAAUAACACAGCAGUAAUAUAUGUUCUUAACCAGCACUUUAGAAAUGGAGAUUAGCACAUAUGUUGAGAUGGUGUCAUGUGCUUCUGCUAGGCGCCUUCAGAGACUUAGUUUAUUUUAAAAAAAAGGAUUUUAAGUUCUGUUUCGAGAACUUGUGGCGUAAAUUCAUCCUUGUGGAUUUAUAACCCCUGCAAGAUGGUGCUACUUAAAGCAUGCCUUCCUGAAGGAGAGUGUUUAGUCGCUGCUACUGGGAUAUAGUUCCUAUUGAUUAAUUCAUCUUCACUGAAGUUACCAAAGCAACCACAUAGAGAAAUUUCCCUUGUUAGAUAUUUUAACACAAGGUUUGGCAAAAGACUAAUUUUCCAUGAAUAAUAAGCACUUUGUUUUCUCUCCUUUAUUUUAUUGACUCACUACAUGUUUGCUCUAUGUGUAUUCCAUCUUCCCUUUGAAUCUGAUGUGUGUUACCUAAAGCAUAUGAGUAAUAAAAGUUAAGAAGAAAUUUA